GUCAUUUAUUGGUUGACGUUUGUCACGUGACGUUCCAAAACUUUUGUACUUGGCAGACUUGUUAAUUUCGACGAAAUUCCGCAACAUUUUCUGACAGUACCAUAAAUUAAAGGAGCUUAUUGCCUUUGUGAAUUAGUGAUAUAUCCUUCGUAUCUAUGGAAUUAAAUUUCGUGUCUGAUUUGACAACUUAGUCAUAAUCAUCUCGUUGCGGAUCAUUUGAGCAGAAACAUGGCGGAAUCAAGUCAAACUCAAGUCUAUUUUAACAUAUCUCAGCAGGUAGGACCAACCACAGCCGGACCACAGACCAUGAUUCCUACUAGGAAUAAAAUUGGUGAUCUGGCGGAUGAGCAAGUUCAAGCCAAGCUCGAAACUAUGCGUGACGAGCUCCGCAGAGAAAUACGUAAAGAGCUUCGAAUUAAAGAAGGGGCUGAGAAAAUGAGGAAAGCCUCAAAAAAAGGUCAUGAUAAAAGAGCAGUUGAUGCAGUGAGGGAGUCUGAUGAAAAAUUAACGCAUUUACAAUUGAAACUGCAAGAUGUUAAUGCUCACCUUUUGAGGGCAUCUGAACAACAACAGCAGCAACCUAUGCCAUCGACCCCAGUGUCUUCCAACUUUGAUGCCAAUGCAAACGGUUUAUCCAGCCCUGAAGGCCUACUGUCACCGGAAAAGGGUGAUGUUCAACCAAUUGAUAGUCUACUUGAGUCUUUACGAAGGCAAUUAGAUAUAGAAAAUCAAGUUAAACAAGGUGCUGAAAAUUUAAUAGCAUCAUAUUCAGGCUCGAGUCGAGAGCAGAAAAAAAUGGUUGUUACGACAGCUCAACAAAUGUUAGACGAUGCUAAAACCAAAAUCGAAGUUAUACGUAUGCAGAUGCUCAAAGUACAGGCUCGUAAGGAUCGAAAAGGUUCAGCUGACAAAAACAGAUCGAGUGUUCUUAUACCGGGAGAUGGAAUAUCAAAUACUAAUGUCAAUGGCCUUUCGCCAUUAGAGAUACGAAUCGACGAAUUACGACAUCGAAUGCAAAUUGAGAAAGCUAUAACUGAUGGAGCGGGAAUGCUAUUAAAACAAGCUCAUACCCAAAAGAAUCCGGAUAAAAAAUUAAUCAACGAAACUCAGUUAAAGCAAAGUGAAUCACAAGCUAAAUAUGAACUUCUUAGUUUAUCUUUGAGUAAUAGAUUAGAAGAAUUAUCAAGAAAUUCUAACUCAGCCAGAAUAGACCAAUUACGAUUGGAAAUUAAGCAUCCAAAUUUAAAGAAACGACCAGUUGUAACUAAAGCUGCUUGUUUAACAGGAAAAUUACAAGUGAGAUUAGUUGGUGUUCAAGGACUACUCGAAGAUAUACCCUGGAAGAAAGGGGCUGGAGAUAGAAGAAAUUCUAAUUCAGUAUAUUAUCCGACUGACGGCAACGCUAAGUCUAAUUCUCUGCUGAGGUCAUCUAAGAAAACAUCCUCCAUUCGAUCGAAGCAUGAGGAUAAAACAUCUAAUGAGAUCAGCGCAGUUCUUAAAUUAGAUAAUCAACAAGUCGAUAAAACCCAGUGGAAAAAUUGUUCUCAGCAGUGUUGGGAUCAAAAGUUCGAAUUUAAUUUAGAUAAGUCUCGAGAAUUAGAGAUAUCUAUUUUUUGGCGAGAUAUGCGCCAAAUGUGUGCUGUAAAGGUAUUACGCCUUGAAGAUUUUCUAGACGAUGAACAUCAUGGCAUGAUGAUUCACUUAGAGCCUGAAGGAAUAUUAUUUGCAGAAAUAUUUUUUAUCAAUCCAACUAUUACAAGGCGUCCCGGUGUUAAACGACAAAAGAAAAUUCUUCCGAAAGACUAUGGUAAAAAUUUGGUUAGACCCCCGCAAAUUAACACAAACGUUGCAACUUGGAGUCGAUUCAUGAAAACGGCUAAGCAGGCCUUGCCUCAGAAUUGUCAUGAAGGUUUAGCGAUAAGCAAACCGACAGAUUUUCAAGUAAUUUCAAAACCGUCUGCUCAACUUGAAAACUUGUUCAAAGAAUCAGAGGAUAUUCCUCCUCUUCCUUCUAGUCCGCCUCCGCCUAUCUUACCUCGACAAGAAUCACCUCCAAUUGAUCAACAAGAUAUAAUGAACGCUUUAGAUGCUUUUGAGUUUCUUGUCGAUUUGGAUGAGACUCCAGCGCCACCACAACAGAAAAGAGUUCCUCCAAAGCCUGCUCCAAGACUUUCAAAGAGAUUGCCACCUGUUCGCUCUCCUAGGCCGGAAGAGCCUCCACCACCACCACCUACACUGCAAAUGCGUAUUGAACAUUUCCGAACGGUUGCAGUUUUGGGAAGAGGUCAUUUUGGAAAAGUUUUAUUGGCAGAGUAUAAACAAACCGGGGAGCGCUACGCUAUAAAAGCUUUGAAGAAAGGCGACAUUUUAGCUAGAGAAGAAAUCGAUUCAUUAUUAAGUGAACGUCGUAUUUUUGAGACAGCCAACUCUGUUCGACAUCCAUUCUUAGUUAAUUUGAUAGCCUGUUUUCAAACUCCGGAACAUGUCUGCUUCGUUAUGGAGUAUGCUCCUGGUGGAGAUCUUAUGAUGCAUAUUCAUACAGAUGUCUUCGAUGAACAACGAACUGUGUUCUAUUCAGCUUGUGUUGUUCUUGGUUUACAAUUUUUACACGAGCAUAAAAUAGUUUAUCGUGACUUGAAGCUGGAUAAUUUAUUACUUGACAACGAAGGCUACGUAAAGAUUGCUGAUUUUGGACUUUGUAAAGAAAAUGUUGGUUUUGGUGAUAGAACUAAUACUUUUUGCGGUACACCUGAAUUUUUAGCACCGGAGGUACUUACUGACCCGUCGUAUACAAGAGCUGUUGAUUGGUGGGGAUUGGGCGUGUUAGUUUUUGAAAUGUUGGUUGGAGAGUCGCCUUUUCCAGGUGAUGAUGAAGAAGAAGUAUUUGACAGCAUCGUCAAUGAAGAUGUGAGAUAUCCUAGAUUUCUGUCAAAUGAAGCGAUUGGUAUCAUGAAAAGACUACUAAGAAAAAAUCCCGAAAGGAGAUUAGGUUCUUCCGAGGCAGAUGCUUAUGAUGUAAAAAAUCAAGCCUUUUUUAAGUCAAUGAAUUUCGAAGAUUUAUUCCAUAAAAAGAUAAAACCGCCGUUCAGACCAGUUAUUCGAUCUUUAGACGAUGUUUCUAACUUUGAUGAAGAAUUUACUCAAGAAAAACCAAUUUUAACUCCACCAAAAGAUAGAAGACCAUUAACGGACGACGAACAGGCAGCAUUUGAAGGAUUCGACUUCGUUGCCAAUUGGUGUUGA